CAUCUCCAUUGACCCAUCAUCUACGAACACGCAGCAUUUAUCCCCGAGAACAUCGUCAUCUGAACCUGGAAGAAUUGUAUAAGGAAGAGGAUUAAGAUGAAGAUCUCUCUUUUGGCCACCGCUGCCGUCUUGGCCGGUGGUGUUCUCGCUCAUGGUAGCGGGCAUAAGCGUCCGGAGAUUGGACAUGGCAUUCACCCGCCUCAAGCCUCCUUCCACGCUUUGAGCACCAGCUCCCCCCUCCUCUCUUCCUUCGCCGCUCUGAACACCGAGACUGAACCCCUCGACGUAGCACGAGCUUUCCUCGCACACCAAGGCAUCGACAAGAACGAGUACAAACUCGUUGAUGAUUGGUACACGGAUCUCCACACGGGUGUCACGCACAUGUAUUUCCGCCAAGUCGUCGACGGAAUCGAGGUUCUUAACGGAGACAUCAACCUCAACAUCAUGGGUGACGGAACCAUCUUGUCCUAUGGGUCAUCGUUCUACACCGGCGCCAAACCCCAAGGCGCGGGCCGUGGUUUGAUGGGGAGUGUCCAGAAAUUCUUCGGCUUGGAGGAGGAUAAGGUCGUCAGUCCAACCACCGCCCUCCACGGCCUCAUGUCCCAUCUCCGUCUUCCCCUCACAGCCUCGAAUGACAUUACGAUUACGCCGACUUCCACAUUCUCCGGUUCUGAACCAAUUUUCCACCUCGAGAAUGUCCCAGGUGCCCUGAAGCCUGCAAAGGCGCAUAGGGCGUAUUACCAGACCGCGGUACAGAACCCGCGGACGGGGGUCUGGGAGUCGGGGUUGAAGUUGGUGUGGGCUGUCGAGGUCGAUUUGGGUGAUCACUGGGUUUCGUCCGCCGUGGAUGCAGUGACAGGGAAGGAGGUAUUGGGCGUCGUCGAUUGGGUGUCUGACGCCUCCUACAACGUCUUCCCCCUCGGUACCAACGACCCAGAGGAGGGACCUAGGGUGUUGUUGAAGAAUCCCCAUGAUUUGGUUGCCAGCCCGUUUGGGUGGCAUGGAACGAGCGCCAACACGACGAGUCACGAUACGACGGGAAACAAUGUGUGGGCACAGGCGAAUCCGAGUGGCGGGUAUGAAUGGAAGGAACUACCGCGCCCCAAAUCAAAGAAAUUGGACUUUGAUUUCCGGUACAACGAGACAAUGGAACCGAAAUCCUACGUCGACGCCGCCGUCACCAACCUCUUCUACGUCAACAACGCCAUCCACGACCUCUUCUACCGCUACGGCUUCACUGAAGCCGCAGGAAACUUCCAGACCGAGAAUUUUGGCCGUGGAGGUCGGGGCGGGGAUUGUGUCAUUGCGAAUGCGCAGGAUGGGAGUGGGUACGAUAACGCUAACUUUGCUACGCCGCCAGAUGGACAGAAUGGACGGAUGAGGAUGUAUGUGUGGGAUCAGACCAAGCCGUUCCGUGAUGGGGAUAUGGAAAGUGGGAUUGUUAUCCACGAGUACUGUCACGGACUCUCGACCCGUCUUACGGGUGGACCUAUGAACUCCAAUUGUCUGGGAUGGGGUGAAGCUGGCGGCAUGGGCGAAGGUUGGGGAGACUUUUUCGCGACGGUGUUGAGGAUGAUGCAUACCGACACCCACAAAGCCGAAUUCGGAAUGGGCGAGUACGCGAAUGGCGGAGAGGGCAUCAGGAAUUAUAUGUAUUCACGCUCAAAGGAGCACAACAAGGAUACAUACGCGAGUUGUGAUAAACCGGGGUAUUGGGGCGUCCAUGCCAAGGGCGAGGUCUGGGCUGAGAUGUUGUACGAGGUUUUGUGGAAUUUGGUUGACGAGCAUGGAUUUUCUCCAUACCUCUUGCCUCCCGUUGACCACAACACUACCGAUAUGAGGGAGGGAGCUGUCGGGACUCCGUUCUCCGUUGAGGGCAAGAACAAGAAACUCCCCAACGCCGAGGCAUUCUUCCACCCCAACACAACAAUCCCAGCACACGGAAACACCCUCGCCCUCCAACUCGUCAUCGACGGUCUCAAACUCCAGCCCUGUCGUCCCUCGUUCGCUGAAGCGCGUGACGCGAUCAUCGCGGCUGAUCUCGCACUUACCGGAGGAGAGAAUAAGUGUGCCAUUUGGAAGGGGUUUGCGAAGAGGGGGUUGGGAGUCGGUGCGAAGUUGGUUGGGGGAACGCCGUGGGGUGGAGGGGUUAGGGAAGAGAGUCGGGAUGUGCCGGGGGGGUGUGAGAGGAAGAAGGGUGGAAAGGGUGGGAAGGGAAAGAAGGGAGGGAAGAAGGAGGAGAUGAAGUAGACUGAUACUUUCCAGGGAUAGUAUCGAUGCGGAUUACAGGGUGAUUCGGCUUUAUAUGGGGUUCGGUAUGUGGGGCGGUUCAUGAGGUGUCUUUUGUUUGUCAUGGCUUAGUUUGGUUUUAUUGGU